CCUUUGCUAGUUUCUUGAAUGUGACGAUGGAAUACCAAGAGGCGCUUUGGACUUUGCAUUGAGCUGAGGCCUGGACUUUAGGCAAGUCACAACGGCGGUUGAGACAUCUCUGACUUCUGACAAUCGGUCUGGGGGUUCAAAUCUCCUGUAUAAGAACAAGCUCAUCGUCGAGGUUCUUCAUCUGACUCUAUAUCCCCACCCACAGUAACCUCGCAGCACCAACCCACCACCAAGCACGAUUCCUCACGAACUAGCCAAAAUGCAUCCCCUCACCCUCUUCAUCGCCGUCCUCCCGCUGGCAACCCAAACCAACGCAGCCCUCCAACGCGUCACAAACUUUGGCUCAAACCCAACAGGUCUAACAAUGGACAUCUCCGUGCCCCCCAACCUCACAACCUCCCCAGCCAUCGUCCUCGCCCUCCACGGCUGCGGCGGCUCCGGCGCAGCCUACAGCCGCCAGGUAGAGUACAUACCCCUCUCCGACGCCAAAGGCACCUUUGUCGUAAUCUACCCGUCCUCCUCCCGCGACUUCAACUGCUGGGACGUCGCCACAACCGCCAGCCUGACCCGCGACGGCGGCGGCGACUCCACCGGCCUGGCCAACAUGAUCCGCUACACCAUCGGACAGUACGGCGCCGAUCCCAAGCGGGUUUUUGUGACGGGCAGCUCGUCGGGGUGCAUGAUGACCAACGUGCUGACGGCCACGUACCCGGACCUCUUCGCCGCUACGUCGUGUUACUCGGGCGUCGCGGCGGGUUGUUUGGCAGGUUCGCCGGGCUCGAGCCCCAUCAGCGCCGAUCCCACGUGUGCCAACGGGUUGAUUGUCAAGACGGGCGAGCAGUGGGCUGCGCAGGUGCGCGCCAUGUAUCCCGGUUACAACGGGAGCUAUCCGCGCGUGCAGACGUUCCAUGGCACGGCGGACUCGCUUGUCAAGUACCCCAAUUUGGCUGAGCAGCUCAAGGAGUGGUCCACCAUCCACGGCGUGAGCUUCGUCAAGAACAAUACCAACACGCCUAUUAGUGGGUACACGCAAAUGAUUUACGGCGAUGGGACCAAACUUGUGGGAUACUCUGCGCAAGGUGUCGGACACACGGUUCCCGUCCAGGAGGAUCAGGACUUGAAGUGGUUCGGCUUGUAAUAGCUUCAGUCAGCCAAGAAGACCAGCAGGAAAUUGGAAAUUGAGCUGAUAUUGAUGUGAUGCAAUGUGUACAGCGUGAUCGGAAG